AUGCCCAACGCAAGAUUUUCUUCUAAGUCCCUCCAGUCCAAAACAGCGAUUCCCACUUCAGACACAGUCCCAGGUUCUAAUGAAGUUUCUGUGCCUGAAGUUCGUGUUUUUGUGAGGAAAAGGCGAGUGAAAACUACCGCUGAAGCUGCUGAAGAGGAGGUGAAAGUAGAGCCCAGGAAGCAGAAACUGUCUGCUUUACCUGACAUUGAAGAAUUUGCAUACAAGAAAGGAAGCGAGUCUGCUCUGAUAAGGAAGUCAAACUGUACUGAAAAUGUGCUUCCUAUGGACAGUGAAGUUGCUUCUACUAUUAGGUCUCCAGGUGAACCACCUCUCAACUGGGAGAAAGUCCUAGAAGGGAUUCGUAAAAUGAGGUCUUCUGAAGAUGCACCAGUAGAUACCAUGGGAUGUGAGAAAGCUGGCAUUUCUCUUCCUCCUGAGCUGUUGCACAGAGAAACUUUGCUAGAUGUCAUUGUGACUAUAGGUCUCAAAGUGUUAGUUUGGUGGCUAAACAGACCUCCCAUGAGAUGGCUCAGAAGCUCUUCAAGGCUUGCUAAUAUUGUAAACUUACAUCUCCAGAUAUGGGCAAUUCAGCGUCUUCAUCAAAAUAAUCUGCUUACUGCUGAUGCCAUUGACAAAGCUGAUGAAACAACAAUCAGGGACUUGAUUUACCCGGUUGGCUUUUAUACAAGAAAAGCUAGUAAUUUGAAGAAGAUUGCAAAAAUUUGCCUCGUGAAGUAUGACAGUGACAUACCUAGCUCUUUGGAGGACUUAUUGUCCCUUCCAGGGAUAGGACCAAAGAUGGCUCAUUUGGUAAUGAAUAUUGCUUGGAACAAUGUUCAAGGGAUUUGUGUAGAUACCCAUGUGCACCGCAUUUGCAAUCGCCUUGGAUGGGUGGCACGACCAGGCACAAAGCAGAAAACUUCAACUCCAGAGGAAACGAGAGAGGCUUUGCAAAUAUGGCUUCCAAAGGAAGAAUGGGUUCCAAUAAACCCUCUUUUGGUGGGAUUUGGGCAGACAAUUUGUACUCCGCUCAGACCUCGCUGUGGAAUGUGCAGCAUAAGUGAGCUCUGCCCAUCUGCAUUUAAGGAGACCUCAAGUCCAGCAUCCAAGCAGAAAAAGUCUAGUCAGAGCAAAAAGGCUCUAAAACACUAG